AUGUUUCUCCUCCUCCUUCUUUUUCAAAUUCUUUUCAAAACUCUUUCUUCUUCUUCUUUUUCUAUCAUCCACUUCCACUUUCUCCUCCUCCUCCUUCUUAAUCUUCUUUUUCUAUCCUUCUCCUCCUCUCUUUUCUAUCAUCCCCUUUCACUUCCUCCUCUUCCUCCUUCUUUUUCUAUCAUCCUUCUACACUUCCUUUUUCUUCUUCUAUCAUUCCCCUGCACUUUCUUCCUCUUCUUCUUCUUCUUCUUCUUCUUCUUCUUCUUCUUCUUCUUUUUCUAUCAUUCUCCUCCACUUUCUUCUUCUUCUUCUUCUUCUUCUUCUUCUUCUUCUUCUUCUUCUUCUUCUUCUUCUUCUUCUUCUUCUUCUUCUAUCAUUCCCCUGCACUUUCUUCCUCUUCUUCUUCUUCUUCUUCUUCUAUCAUUCCCCUGCACUUUCUUCUUCUUCUUCUUCUUCUUCUUCUUAUUCUUCUUCUUCUUCUUCUAUCAUUCCCCUGCACUUUCUUCUUCUUCUUCUUCUACUUCUUCUUCUUCUUCUUCUUCUUCUUCUUCUUCUUCUUCUUCUUCUUCUUCUUCUUCUUCUAUCAUUCUCCUCCACUUUCUUCUUCUUCUUCUGUUGCUGCUGCUGCUUAUUCAAAUCCUCUUCAAAACUUCUUCUUUUUUCUUCUUCUUCUUCUUCUUCAUCAAAACGAACUUGCUAUCCUCUCCUCUUCCAACUUACCUGCUAUCCUCUUCUACAUCACUUGCUAUCAUCUUCCGCCUCAUCUGCUAUCCUCUUCCGCGCCAAUCUGCUAUCCUCUUCCGCUAUUCCUUCCGCCUCACUUGCUAUCCUCCCAUUAUCAUCUUCCAUUUCUCCUGCUAUCCUCUUCCGCUUCAUCUGCUAUCCUCCGCCACCUCACCUGCUAUUCUUCUUCCAAUCUCCACCUCACCUGCUAUCCUGUUCCGCUUCACCUCCAACUAUCCUCUUCUACCUCAUCCUGCUAUCCUCUUCUCUUCGCCUCACCUGCUAUAUCCUCCUCCACCUCACCUGCCGCCUCAUCUUCAUCCUCCUCCACCUCAUUUGCUGUCCUUUCUCUUCCACCUCACCUGCUAUUCUCUUUCCGCCUCACCUGCUAUAACUCACCUUCUGCCUCACCUGCUAUCCUCUUCACCUCCUCCUCACCUGCUAUCCUCUUCCAACUCACCUGCUCAUUCUCUUCCGCCUCACCUGCUAUAUCUCUUCCGCUAUCCUCACCUGCUAUCCUCUUCUGCCCCCCGCCUCAAUCUGCUAUCCUCCUCUUCCAACUCACCUGCUAUUCUUCUUCCGCCUCACCAGCUAUCCUCUUCCGCCUCACCUGCUAUCCUCUUCUCCCUCACCUGCUAUCCUCUUCUACCUCUAUACUCUUCCGCCUAUCCUCCUCUUCCAACUCACCUGCUAUUCUCUUCCGCCUCACCUGCUAUCCUCUUCCGCCUCUACCUGCUCAUCCUCUUCUCCGCUCACCUUGCUAACCUCUUCCAACUCUUCCAACUCUGCUCAUCCUCUUCCUCCGCCUCACCUGCUAUUCUCUUCCCUCUCACCUGCUAUCAUCUUCCGCCUCACCUGCUAUCCUCUUCCGCCUCAUCUUCUAUCCUCCUCCACCUCAUUUGCUAUCCUCUUCCGACUCACCUGCUAUCCUCUUCCGCCCCAAUCAGCUAUCCUCUUCUGCCGCACCUAUGA